UUUGUGCCUCUACACUCAAGAUGGCUCCCGUUUUAGAGAAGAAGCUACUGGGCGCAGUCGGGACAGGCGACACUAUGGAAAACAGCAACGAGGAUGAUGAAGGACAAAACCUCUGGUCUUCAAUCCUCAGCGAAGUUUCCACACGCUCAAGCUCUAAGUUGCCUUCUGGGAAAAAUGUAUUGCUUUUUGGGGAGGAUGGGUCAGGAAAGACUACACUUAUGUCAAAACUCCAAGGAGCCGAGCACAAUAAGAAAGGUAGAGGGCUGGAAUACUUGUACCUAAACGUCCAAGAUGAAGACAUAGAUGAUUUGACUCGCUGUAGUGUCUGGAUCCUGGAUGGUGAUCUGUAUCACAAAGGCUUGCUAAAGUUUGCAGUGACCGCAGAGUCGCUGAAGGACAGUCUGGCCGUUUUUGUAGUGGACAUGUCGCGUCCGUGGACCAUUAUGGAGUCGUUGCAGAAAUGGACGAGUGUGCUGCGCGAACAUGUGGACAAACUGAGAAUCCCACCCGAGGAGAUGAGAGAGUUGGAGCAAAGAAUGGUGAAAGCCUUCCAGGAGUAUGUAGAGCCAGAAGAAGCCACACCAGGCUCACCUCAGAGACGAGCUCCAGCAGCCGCAGGAGAAGAUGAGAGUGUGCUGCUGCCCUUAGCAGAUAACGUCCUCACACACAACCUGGGCAUUCCCAUGCUCAUCGUUUGCACAAAGUGUGAUGCUGUCAAUGUACUGGAAAAGGAGCAUGACUACAAAGAGGAGCAUUUUGACUUCAUUCAGUCACACAUCCGGCGGUUCUGUCUACAGUAUGGAGCUGGUUUGAUUUACACUUCAGUCAAAGAGGAGAAGAACCUGGACCUUCUCUACAAAUACAUGGUGCACAAAAUAUACGACUUCCAGUUUUCAUCGCCUGCCUUAGUGGUGGAGAAGGACGCAGUGUUCAUUCCAUCAGGAUGGGACAAUGACAAGAAAAUUGGCAUCUUACAUGAAAACUUUACAACGGUUCGGCCUGAAGAUCCCUUUGAGGACUUUAUAACAAAACCACCUGUACGAAAGUUGGUGCAUGACAAGGAAAUCAGUGCUGAGGAUGAGCAGGUCUUCCUCAUGAAGCAACAGUCUUUGUUAGCCAAGCAGCCGGCCACACCCACAAGAGGAACAGAGUCUCCUGCCCGGACUACGUCUGGUUCACCUCGGCCGACAGGUCGGACAGGACCCACCAAUGUGGCUAGUGUCUCGCCCAUGACCGCGGUGAAGAAACCAGACCCCAACAUGAAAGGAGCUGCUGCAAAUGAGGGAGUGCUGGCCAACUUCUUCAACAGUCUGCUGAGUAAAAAGACAGGUGUUCCAGGCAGUCCUGGGACACCAGGGGCUGGAGCAGGAACAGGAACGGGAACGGGUGUACAAGGCUCUGCAAAGAAAACAGGGCAGAAGCCGGGUUUGACUGACGUCCAGGCAGAGCUGGACCGAAUGACUCGUAAACCCGAUUCCCUGGUAACGGCCAACAAUACCCCAGCGACAGAGAACGAGGCAUGAGUGCACCAACAGCAUUGUCCGCUCUGGAAAUCAACAUGUAACGAUAUAACAGAGGAAAAAAAAAGCUUUCAAGACCAAAAUCCCCCCCCACCUUGUGUGUCAAUCAGCAAACAGAGCGUGGUUUACAGAAAGUGUUGGGAUUCUAUCAGAUGAGUGGACUCUGAUGUUGUGGGGGAACGAGAGGUAGAAAUAUGGAAAGAUGCGACUGCUUUUCUUUGUUUUCAUUUCCAGCCCCCUUUCUGUGUUUGUUUGUUUAUUUGUGGUGAUUAAUUUUUGGUGUGGUAUGGCAGGUCAGGUUAUGGGUGCUUUUCUCCAGAAGACGACGGUCAAACCUCUCAAGUGUGGAGCCUUGCUUUGCUUGGGGAACUAUUAAACGCACCCGUUUCCCUCCUACCGAGCAGAAACGCACUGCUGCAUUCAACCAGCAGUCGCUUCAAGUGUUGCAAUCCGCUACAACUACUGCUAAAAGCCUGAAUACGUUCACUGAAAACAAGAAGUACUUGCAAAAAGAAGUAUAUAGUGUGUACAAACGUAGUUACAUAUAUGCUGAUGUAUUUAUAAAGAAGAAAGCAAAUCAAGCUUUUAUUUUCUCUGUGUUUUAUCAGUGAAAGCGUCACUUAACACUGUUAACAUCACUGAUGUCAUGACACUAAUGACAAACACCCAUUGGCCUUCAGCAUACGAGAACGGCAGACGCCGCCACACCGCCUCUUUAAAUGAUGUAAAUAGAUGCGCUAAAUAUUUGCUAUACAAGCUUUUGAUUUGAUUUUGUAUAAAAUUUAAUUAUUUUAACAAUUUAUGAAGAGCUAUUGCAGAUGAAACGAGUAUCAGGCUGAGCAUUUUAUUUAGGCUGUGGUUUUUGGUUUUGUUUUUGGAGGAGAGCGGCAGGACGGCAUCUUUCCUAGUAUAACUCCCAAGUGCCUGUGUCAUAGUGGAGGUGCUUGUCUCCAAAAGAGGAACUGCACUGUAGCAUCAACAGUCAAUGGUUCUUUUUUUUGGUCCAGCUUCAUGUAAUUUAUUUGUUGUUUUUUUCCAUGUCUGUGGUCAUUGCUUUUUUUGCUUAAAUUACACAUGUUGCUUACUUCAGUGGCCUAGAUCCUUUUUCUUUUUGCUGCCAUAGGGAGCUUGCCUUUCUUUUUGUGAAUGUCACGAUCUUAGUGGGGCAUUUCAUCCCACCUCCCAGUUUAAAAUUCUGGCUUAAACCACUAUAGCACCAUUUUUCAUGUGGCCAAGCGACAGACUGUUCGUCAUGUCAGUCCUUAAGCAUGUCUUGUUUCUGAUAUACAGCUUCUUGAGGAGUGUAUAGUGAUCAAUGUAAAACAUUCCCCCUUUUAAUUUGUCUCUCCCCCUUUUAUGCGAUCUUUCUGGAAGUGUCAAUAUUGCCUUCGGAAUGUCUUUUCACUCAGGGUAGAGUGAGUCCAUACAUGUCCGCCUUCAUUUCUCAACAUUUCUAUUCACUACUGAUACUGUAACUCAUUAAAUUUUCGAUUUCUGGUUUAGCUUAACUAAUCAGACGCAGGCAUGAUGUACGGUUUUGAUCCUUAACGUUCUUCUGACGAAACUUUAAAGAAGCAGCUCAAGUGGCUUUGAAAUGAGCGUCGUGUGUUCAGAUGAAAAAGGAAAACAGAGAAUUGGAAUCUGGAACCAAAGAUGUAGAAUCCACAUGUUAUGUCUAUGUCGAGUAGCUGCCCUGAACUCCUCCCAGGUGGCCGAUCUUGGCUGAGCCUGGAGAAGCCAUCAUUCCACAACAGAUCCUCUGCUUACUGCGGUGGUCUGUGUUCGAUGUCUCACAUUUUUCCACUAGAGUUUGAAGUUUUUGUCCUUUUUUUUUUUUUUUUUUUUAAAGCUCUUCAAGGGAAUAGACCACAAAUGUGUAGCGUUUACUGUUGUUUUGCAUGCACUUGUGUUAGACAAAUCUCAAACCAAUCUAGAGGAACUCGAAUGAAACUAAUGACGUUUAUUGCUGCAUAAUAUCGCUUAACGGUUUCCAUUUUAUGACAGGCAGGGCUAAAGCAUUUGCUGAUAUUCAAGCACAACAUUAAGUCUGGACUAUAUACCUCUCGUUUUAGUGGUUAAGGUUUUCAUCCGUUCAGAUUGUGGGCUAUCAACUUAUGAAGCCUCGGAUCACUUGUACUAUUAUAAACCGCUCAUAUAACCUUAAAAAUGCACUUAAAGUAUUUCAUCACAUUUCUCUGCAUUUGCUGUGUGACUGAAAUCUCCUCGUCUAAAUAUCACUGACACAUUCCUCUGGAAAAUACCUUAUUUCAUGGCGCUAUAACUGUUUUACUGGACGUAAAAAGAAAUUUUGUUAUACUGUCGAAAGCAGCACAUUUGUUUCCCUCCUCAAAUUUCAUUUCUAAGUAGUGGCUCUGUGCAAAUCCAGACAUAAUGGGCUAAGAAAUCGAAAAGCUAACAAGCUGCUCCCAGGUCGCCUGAAGUACUUGAAAAAGCUUCCUAACUCAUGAUCCAUCUGUUUUCCCAAAGGAGACACUCAACGGAUAAAAGGGUGGCCGUCAACAGAAACAAGUUUACUUGGCCUCAGCUUCAUUGAUUUUUUUUUCCCUCGUUUUGGGGACGGUUGCCGUUAAAUAAACAGCACAUUUUGUAUGUAUUUAAUUAGGACUAGGAUGAAAGUUGACGGCUUCGUUCUGUAUAAUCCUUCUAAUAUGCACUUACCCCUGUUAGUGAGAAAAUGCUCUGGCUUCCAAAAUUUUCUAUACAGGAAUUGAAAGACCUUUUUAUUCACACGGAGGACUGUGUUUGUGUGCUAUACCUUAAAGUGAGUCUGACUGUAUGGCUUUAACUUGAUGCAGUAUGUGGCCAUGUGAAUUCUUGCUUUUAAUGCAAAGAUAAGGAAAUGUCUUGUUUUUCAGUCCUGGCUUAAAUUAAAAUACAAAUCCAGACUACAA